CCCCCCCCGGCUCCCCGUGCCGCCCCCCGCCCGCGGACCCGCUGGACACGCGCAUCGUGAUGGGCGAGGAGACGCGCUGCCCCCCGCCCGAGCCGCGGGGGGGUCCCCCCGUGCCUUGCCCCUUCCCCGCGCCCCCCAAGGAGCCGCCCCCCGCCCCGGGCCGCCCCCCCGCGCUGGACCCCGAGCUGUUCUUCACCGCGCCCUCCACCCCGGUGCGGGCGGGGGGCGCGCGGCCGCCCCCCGAGGAGGGGGACAGGGACAGCGAGGGGCUGUGCUCGCCGCCCACCUCCCCCUCGGGCUCCUACAUGACGGCCGAGGGCGGCAGCUGGGGCUCCUCGGGCACGGCCAGCACCUCCCCGUCCUGCUCGCCCAACCUGGCGGCCGAGGCCGAGGGGCUGGGGGAGCCCGAGGGGCUGGGGGAGCCCCCCGCCUUCCCGCCGCUGUCCCCCGAGGAGGAGGAUGAGGAGGAUGAAGAUGAGGAUGAGGACGGGCUCUUCGCCCCGCCGGGCUGUGCGGAUGACGAGGAUGACGAUGAUGAUGAUGAGGACGGGCAGACGCCGGAGGAGGAGGAGGAGGAGGAAGGCUCGGGGCUGAUCCCGGCGGCGCUGCUCCCGUUCCGCGGCAGCCUCCUCUUCCAGGCCGAGGCCGUGGAGAUCUCGCCCCGCGGCCCCGCCGAGGAGGAGGAGGAGGAUGAAGGCAGCACCUCGGCGUCCUUCCUGCGCUCGCUGUCCGAGAGCUCCAUCCCCGAGGGCGGCGACGAGACCUUCGCCUUCCGCGACGACACCGACGCCUCCUCGGACUCGGCCGCGUACGACGGGGACGAGGACGAGCGGCUGUACGGCACGGAGCGGCACGCGGGGGCCGCGGCGACACCCCCGGCGACACCCCCGGCGACACCCCCAGCGACACCCCCGGCUCCCGGUGUCGAGCUCCACCUCCGGGCCGGCUCCCCGUGUCACCCCGCCGGGUCCUUGGGGACACCGCCCGCAGGGGCCGCGGAGCUGGACGGCGACGCCUCUGUCGCCUCUGUCACCGGGGCGUGGCCCCCGCCCGAGCCCCCCGAGGAGGGGGCGGCCACAGAAGGUUCUGGAGCGGCGCUGGGGCAGGGACCGUGCCCUGGCCCCCAGCCCCCCGCGCUCUGUGCCGGGGACCCCCCGAGCCACCAGCCGGGGGGCGGCAAUGGCGAGCCCCAGGACGGCCCUGGAGGUGACACCGACGGUGACAAUGACCUUGAGCUCAGCACGGGCACGGUGGGGAGUGCUGAUGGCCACAGCGAGCUGGACACUGCAGCCACCGGCCUGGGGACAUCAGUGGCACCAACACCCCUGGGUGCAAUGGCCAAUGAUGUGGUGGCACCGGGGACACCCAGCCUGAUGGACUCAGUGGUCGCUGAGCUGGUGACACCAGGGACACCAACCCUGCUGGAUGAGCUGGACACUGAUGUAGUGACACCAGUGACACCAACCCCACUGGGCCAGAUGGACACUGCAGCCACUGACAUGGUGACACCAGUGACACCAACCCCACUGGGCCAGAUGGAUGCUGCAGCCACUGACAUGGUGACACCAGUGACACCAGUGACACCAACCCCACUGGGCCAGAUGGACGCUGCAGCCACUGACAUGGUGACACCAGUGACACCAGGGACACCAACCCCACUGGGCCAGAUGGACGCUGCAGCCACUGACAUGGUGACACCAGUGACACCAACCCUGCUGGAUGAGCUGGACACUGAUGUAGUGACACCAGUGACACCAACCCCACUGGGCCAGAUGGACGCUGCAGCCACCAGCCCAGUGACAGCCAGCCCGCCUGAUGAGCCGGACACUGCGGCCACUGACGUGGUGACAUCAGAGACACCAACCCCACUGGAUGAGCUGGACACUGAUGUGACACCAGUGACAACAACCCCACUGGAUGCUGUGGCUGCUGAUGUGGUGACACUGGACGAGAUGGACACUGUGGCCAUGGAUGUGGUGACACUGGGGACACCAAGCCCACUGGACAAGAUGGACACUGAGGCCACUGACGUGGUGACACCGGGGACACCAACCCUGCUGGAUGAGCUGGACACUGAGGCUGCUGAUGAGGUGACACUGGACAAGAUGGACACUGCAGACACUGCUCUGGUGACACCAGUGACAACAACCCCACUGGAUGCUGUGGCCGCUGAUGUGGUGACACUGGACGAGAUGGACACUGCGGCCACUGACAUGGGGACACCAGGGACACCAACCCCACUGGACAGUGAGGCCACUGAUGAGGUGACACCCAGCCUGAUGGACAGCACAGCCACCAGCCUGGUGCCACCCAGCCCGUCAGGUCCUGCAGCCGCUGAUGUGACACUGGUGACACCCAGUCCCCCAGAUGAGCCGGACACUGUGGCCACCAGCCUGGUGACACCGGUGGCAACGAGCCCCCGAGAUGAGGUGGAUGCUGUGGCCACUGAGCUGGUGGCACCAACGCCACUGGUGACACCCAGCCCCCCAGGUGAGCCCGACACUCUGGCCACCAGCCUGGGGACACCAAGCCCGCCACAAGAGCUGGACACCACGGCCACUGACCCGGUGACACUGGGGACAGCCAGCCUGCUGGACAAGAUGGAAGCUGUGGACACUGUCCUGGUGACACCAGCGACACCCACCCUGAAGGAUGCUGUGGCCACUGACCUGGUGACAUCAGUGACACCCACCCUGGUGGCCACUGCGGCCACCAACGUGGUGACAUCAGUGGCACCACCCCCCCUGGAAGAGAGGAACACUGCGGCUGUUGACCUGGUGACAUCAGUGACACCUGCCCUGAUGGACACCCCGGACACUGCCCCGGUGACCCCGAGCGUGACGGACACCCCGGACUGCAGAGCGGUGACAUCGGUGACAGCAGCGCCCUGUGAUGAGGUGGCCGCAGUGACCCCGAGCCCAGCGGCCACCGUGACCCCUGACCCGGUGACCCCUGACCCGGUGGCCACCGUGACCCCUGACCCGGUGGCCGCCCCCCUGGCCGCUGUCCCCGCCCCGUGUCCCCCUCCCCGGGCCGUGUCCCCCGUGGCGCUGGCAGCCGGGGUGGCCCCGUCCGAGUCCCCCGCUGUCCCCGCGUGUCCCCUGGCGCAGGGGACGCUGUCACACCCCCCUGAGGAGAGCGGGGACGCGGCCGAUCUGUCCCCCAGCCCCGUCACCGCCCCCGCGGGCAGCGCCGCGGAGCCCGAGGAGGAGGAGGAGGAGGAUGAGGCCGCAGCCCCCGCGCCCCCCUCGCCGCAGUUCACGGCCUCGGAGCGGGAGGUGUUUGUGGGGACCCCCCCGGCCCCCCCCGAGCUGCUCCCACCACCCGGUGCCUUUUCGGGGCGCGGGGCCGGGCCGGGGGGGGAGCUGCCCCCCGCCGCCCCCCGGCCGGGCCCCGAGCCCCCCGGCCACGCCGAUGCCAAAGUCCCCCCGAGUCCCCCCGCGGCGCCCCCCGAGCUGCAGGAGCCGGAGGAGGCCGUGGGGGGGGUCGCGCCCGGCCCCCUGCCCGCUGCGGGGGCUCCUCCUGCGCCCCCCAAACUCAGCCAAGUGCCUCCUCCCGCCGCCCCGAGCCCCCCCAGGGCCCCCCCGGGACCGCCCCUCGCCAGGAAGCACCUGGAAGCCCCCCAGCGCUCCCCGCAGAAGGAGCCGGAGCCGCGGGGCCGGGCGGGGGUCCCGGGGGCUGGGGGGGGCCGGGGCCCCCCCCGGGGGUCUCUGCAGUCGGAAUCCAGCUCGUCCAGCGAGGCUGAGCCCCCCCAGCCCCCCCCGGCCCCCCAGCGCUGCCAGCCCAACCACCGAGGGUCCGGGAACGAGUCCGAGAGCAACGACGAGUCCGUCCCGGAGCUGGAGGAGCCCGAGGGCUCGGAGCUGCCCCCUGCCCAGCCCCAGGUGCCCCUCGGCCACGGCCUCGGGCCCGGAGAGGAACCGCUGAGCAAAGCCAAGCAGAGCCGCAGCGAGAAGAAAGCCCGAAAGGCCAUGUCCAAGCUGGGGCUGCGGCAGAUCCACGGCGUCACCCGCAUCACCAUCCGCAAGUCCAAGAACAUCCUGUUCGUCAUCUCCAAGCCCGACGUCUUCAAGAGCCCCGCGUCCGACAUCUACAUCGUCUUCGGGGAGGCCAAGAUCGAGGACCUGUCCCAGCAAGUGCACAAGGCGGCGGCGGAGAAGUUCAAGGUGCCGCUGGAGCACUCGGCGCUGGUGCCGGACGCCGCUCCCGCCCUGGCCAUCAAGGAGGAGAGCGAGGAGGAGGAGGAGGUGGAUGAGACGGGGCUGGAGGUGCGGGACAUCGAGCUGGUGAUGGCGCAGGCCAACGUGUCCCGGCCCAAAGCCGUGCGGGCCCUGCGGCACAACAACAACGACAUCGUCAACGCCAUCAUGGAACUGACCAUGUAGCAGCUGGGGUGCCCUGGCCCCCUGUAUAGAUGCACAGAGCCCCCAAACCCUCCUCCUGCCCCCCAUGUGCUCCUGGCCCUCUGGACUGCUCAAUAAAGGCCU